AUGUCUCGAGAUUUGACCGCUGAGUUUCAAAACUCUGCAUACGGGCAAGUUUGGGUCUACGAUAGCUCCGUGGUGGAAUGGAGAUGGGGACAGAGAGUUCAAAGGAGGUUUGAGUUUGAAAACGAGGUUGUUUUAAAAGCCGGUUUUGUAGACUUCGAAACGGUGCAGCAAUGUCUGGUAAUAGUGCUCGAAGAUCGCGCUCAGGUCCACUAUAUUUCAAAGGGCGAUUCCAGCACCAUUAGCUUCCCAUUUUCUGUGUCCAAGGCGUUCAUUCACCCUAGUGGCGUGGUCUUGGAACGUAAGAUCUUAGACGACCAAGUAUCGAACGUCGCAAGACCUAAUACGUCUGCCACCAAGCACCGUUUCAUAACGCUAUCAAACCCUUUGAAUGCGUUCGGCUCCCUGGUGCUCUCUUGCUACUCACAAGAACAGCAAAGUAACAUUACAAUCUUGCAUCUCCCAACAGCCUGGGACAAGCUCAUUGCAGUCUUGUAUGAUGAAAGCUCUCAAUCAUUGUCCUUUCACAACGUCAAAAUUCUGACGGCGCACAAUCCUUCAACGAAAAGAAGCCGUGACUAUGAAUCUGCUUUUGGUUCUAAAGAACCUCGCAAUAAGACGUACUCUUCCUUGAUCAACGGUUCCAGUGCGUCUCAUGGCAAAACAAGAACAGGAACUAGUAAGAGAACGUUUUCUGCCGAACGCCAAGAUGUGCCAACUUCGUCAUCUUCCUCUUCUGGUCCCUUCAACAAUGCUUUGCAUUCUGCCAAUUCUCUAUCCACUGAGCUGACAAACAAUCUUCGCAAGAUAUCUAUAAUCAACAGAAGGUCGGUUUCGGUGAAUUUAGGAGCAGAUCCAGACCACCAGCAACAACAGCAACAACAGCAACAGCAACAGCAACAGCAGCAGCAGCCGCAGCCAGGGAACAUUAACUCAACCCAGUUAAGCAUCGACCCUAACAAAAGAAGCGCAUCUGCUACCGUGGAUCGCAUGGGGUCCGGAAAUGCGCUUGAUAUAACUCCUUCCCACGCUUCUCACAUAUCUGAGGACUUAUUCGAUCAUACGAUCUUGACUAAAGAUGUCACACUGACUAAGGUAACUCAAGUAGCUGUACCGAUCACAUUAUCUGCUGCAACUACAGUUUCAAGCUCUAGAUAUGAGAAUAAAGAGGCUAUAAUAUUGCAUGAUCCAAAGAACCAAUGGGGCAAAAUUUGGAUAUUUGAUCACAACAUAUCAUCUACAAGUAAUGCCAGGUUUAUGGAAUUCAGCAACACGCCAACAUCACUGACAAAAAUCAUCGAUAUAAACUGGACAUUGGUGCGAAGUUUUUGUCUCUACGAAAGUCACCUUCUUGAUGGGUUUUUGAUGCUUUUGAGCAGCUUUGCAGGCGAUAUUACUCUAUACAAUCCUUUUCUGAACAUCACUUCAAGUCCGAUUCAGCUGCCUAAAUGUCACUGUCACACCUCACUUUACUAUUCCAAGGAAAAUACAGUAUUGACCAACCGCGACUCACCCGUUUUGCGGUUGAGAAUGAUACCCGAAACUGCCGAUGUUAAGCGCUACUUCGAGGCUUUAAAGUAUCUCUGUGAUCCUUUCAAUUACUCCUACCUGGCACUUCUGUGGCAAGUAGCUCGAAAUAACCUUAAAAGCACUCACACCAAAAACCUAGAAUUUGAGGCAUUGAAGUACACUUUGAUCAGCUUACUGAAUAUAAAUCAUUAUCCUGAUGCGGCCAAAGUGUCACUCAAAUCUAUUAAAGACUGUCCUGUUUAUAGCUCUUCUAUUGAUGCCGGAAGAUUUCUACCAAGAAUUGUAAUGGGACUGCAUUUGAUCAGAGAGGAGUACAAGUUAAACUUAUUGCAAAGAACAAGUGUAGAGCGAUUGGGGCAACUAUUACACUUGCUAACCAAAUUAAUGGGCUGGCCCGCAGUGUGGCAUCAGUUUUAUGGGUUUUGUGAUCCCAGAGAUGAGGAGUUUUUGUCAAAUUCAUCAGACCAGACUUUUGUUCACCCUUUAGAUGAGCCUCCUUCGAUACUGAAAUCCCUCUACAGUGCAGUUGAUGGAAGUGAGUUUCCCGUCGUGCCCUUUAUAACAUUUUCAGGUUUGUUAGACGAUGGUUCAUCCGUUGACCACAUUAUGACACCACGUACUCAUAAAAUCCUGCAACUUUUCGAGAGUUUCGAGAGCGGAAACUACACUCAUUCUAACAUACUAGACGUCAUGAACUCGUUGGGUAUCGACAAAUAUGAACUGGAAACUUACCCACUAGGAGUCUUUGCCCCUCUGAAACGCGUCCUGAAAUCUUUAGAGAAAUUAAUCAGUAACGCUAACGCUUCGUUCGACUUUUCGUUAGUGAAUCGUUUGGAUUUGCAAAAAAAUGGAUUGAUGCUGGAAUCUCUAGGUACUGGCAGCGUUCAACCACGGCAGAUCUCUAAUUUGCCGCGAGUCAAUAAACGUGCGCGCGGCGCUGGGUCCCUCAACACAUCCAUCAAAGUACUGGUGAGAGAUGUUUUGAAUUUGACUAGUCAACAUCUUGAUGAAAGGAUAUCAACUUUGGAUACCGCAGAAGAAAUGGGCGAUGGUCGGUCCUUGAAACAAAACGCGUCUCUAAUAUUUUCCGAGGAUAGACGAUUUUUUGACAUCGUUGAGCUUAUAUUGUACAGCAUCCCGCACAAGAUCACCAUGCAUGUCGUGGAAAAAAGCUACACUAGAAACUUGAAGAAGAAAAGGACAUAUUCUCAGAUAUCUGCCCUGCGAACUUUUGCUUCCGCUAUUGGAUGGGGAGCAGUGGCCUUUUCAACCGAGCGGCCUCUCGCUACUCAGAAAUGGCCCCGGGCAAAACUAAAUCUUAACUUUGUGUUCUCCGACAAAACCACUGUUGCGGUAGGCCCUGAGACUUGUGAUCCACAUCUGCUGGCAUGGGGUGAGUUUCAUGCAGGUUGCAGCUCCGGUCUUCGAAUUUCUCCGAAGUCCACAGGUAUCACGGGAAGUUGGAUCACAUUUGCUAAACCUUCAGAGCUUGAUUCACAACAUGGAGGCUUUCUGCUAGGGCUAGGGUUAAAUGGUCAUUUGAAGAAUCUGGAAGAGUGGCAUGUCUAUAACUACCUCAGUCCAAAGCAAAUACACACUAGCAUAGGCCUGAUGCUCGGUAUGAGCGCGAGUCUUAAGGGAACAAUGGAUCUCAAGCUGACCAAAGUUUUGAGUGUUCACAUUGUAGCUUUACUUCCACAAGGCUCGAGCGACCUCAAUGUCAAUUAUAGAGUGCAAACGGCAGGUUUAAUUGGUAUAGGUCUGCUGUAUCAGGCUUCUCAGCACAGAAGAAUGAGUGAUAUGCUAUUUUCCCAAAUUACAUCGUUUGUGACUAUCAAUGAAGAGGCGGUACCAGACGAGGGUUAUAGACUGGCUGCAGGGAUUGCUCUAGGUCUUGUUAAUCUCAGCGCAGGUUCCAAGUCGUCCAAAUUUUCAAAGUCUGGUUCAAGAAGCCUUUGGCAAGGAGAAGAGAGUGAUUUCGACGAGGAUGUGGACGAAGAUCUGAACUUCAGUCCUAAUGAGGGUUUAUUAGAUCCGAAGGUUAGUUCAGGACUGCUCAACAUAGUCGGUGGAUCUCAUGACACUGAGGAAAGUUGGAUGCCCGCAAACUCUCAGAUGGGAGCCAUUUUAGCACUAAUGUUAAUUUUCCUGAAAACCAACGACAAUACUGUUGCAGAGAGGCUUGCGCCUAAUCUAGAUGACAUCAACAUGAAAUCGAGACCUUACAUGCGCCCCGAGAUAUUCAUGUACCGGGAAUGGGCAUGUCAUAUGAUUUUGUGGGAUCAUAUCGAGGGCAAUUCUCGCUGGCUGUUCAGGGGUCUAAACCUUGACGUCUCUCUCAAGCUAGACACGGACUCUUUGCCCCAAUAUUACUGCAUAGCUGGGCGGGCCUUAGCCAUGGGAUUGAAGUUUGCGUCUACAGGAGACGUGUCAGUGCGGGACCAUUUUCUUUUCGUGAUUGACAAGUUGUUACCGCUAUAUCAGUGUUCGGUUGACGCGAGACUAGACUUUCAAUUGAGCAUAAAAGCGAUUAAUAUCCUGGUUGAUGUACUUUUAAUGGCAGCCAGUAUGGUUAUGAGCGGUACAGGUGACCUCGCAGUACUGAGAAGAGUCAAGUAUUUGCACGAAACUAUUAGUGGGAAGCAUUCAGACUUAUUUCAAACAACCUCGACAUCCCGUGCUCCUGAGAAAUCUCGCGGGAAUGACGCGAUGUCUGUCGAUUCCACUCAAGAGCGUGGCGCCACGGGAGGGGAGGAACUGAGCAAUGUGGACAUUGAUGAUGGCGGCCGAGAAGAGGACGAUGGUGAACACAUCAACUCCACGACUAUGGAUGACACGGAAGCGGGAACCGCUGAUGAGAGCAAGCAGCAUUGGAAGGAUGAUGAAAAUCAGUUCGGAAAGUAUAUGGCAACAAGUUUAUGUCUCGGGUUUCUCUUCCUCGGUUCGGGACAGUACGCGCUUAGAACUUCCAGCGUAGACAGUUUGGCAUACCUCAUAAUAACAGUUCUUCCGAAUUAUAUGAGUCCUUAUUACUUGCAGGAGACUAAGCAUUUUUGGAGUAUGGCAGUUGAAUACAGAAGUCUGAUAAUCCAGAACUCGAAAACGGGUGUCAAUUUGAGCAAAGUGCCGGUAGAGGUGAUUCUCAAGGCUUCAAACAAUUCCGUUGGCUCGACCACAAUGCAUUUAAUCUCACCAUGUCUUUUGCCUGAUCUGCGAAGAAUCAGAACGAUUAAAGUGUCUUCGCCCGAUUAUUACCCAAUUUCUGUGCAUUUCAAAAAAGAGCAAGAUUAUAUCAACUUCUUCAACAACGGCUGUCUCCUUUUCGCCCCUCCACGAGAUGAUUCUGAAGACGAUUGGGAACUUGGCGAGUACAGUACCGACAGAAGCUUGGAAGCGAAGAACAUCAUGAGAAAACGAGCAUCACAACCUUUGCAAGGACGUACAUGGGACAGUGACUACCGCAGUGUACCUCUGCUGUUCAAAAACUUGGGUGUCACGAACGAAGAGAAGCUGGAAUUUGGGAGUGAGGUUAUUAAGGUGAGUGAAGCGCAUGAUCCAUCUAAGGACGAAAAUCUCUUGUUGGCGUGUCAAAACAGAGGCCAAAACUAUCAACUGGAGUUGUGGAGACGCCACUAUGGGUUUUAG